AUGGCCAUUUCAGAUCUGGUGUGGUCCAUGGAUGGUUACUAUAAGGGCAGACGUGUGCUGGAGUACAGGACCAUGGGGGAUUUCACCAAGGGCCAAAACUUUGUGCAGCAUCUGUUGCCGCACCCAUGGGCAGGAACCGGCCACGUGGUCUACAACGGCUCACUCUAUUACAACAAGCACCAGAGCAACAUCCUGAUUCAGUACCACUUCCGCUCUCGCAGCGUGUUGCUCCAGCGCAGCCUCAGCGGUGCCGGAUACAACAACACCUUCCCCUACAGCUGGGGAGGAUCCUCUGACAUCGACCUCAUGGCUGAUGAGACUGGACUCUGGGCCGUCUACACCACCAUCCCCAAUGCUGGAAACAUAAUGGUGAGUCGCCUGGACCCUCGCACACUAGAAGUAGCCCAGAGCUGGGACACGGGGUUUCCUAAGCGCAGUGCAGGGGAAGCCUUCAUGAUCUGCGGCACACUGUACGUCACCAACUCCCACCUGGCCGGGGCCAAAGUCCACUUUGCCUACCACACCAACUCCUCCACGUACGAAUACACCGACAUCCCCUUCCAUAACCAGUACUCCCACAUCAGCAUGAUGGACUACAACCCCAGAGAGAGAGCGCUAUACACAUGGAACAACGGACACCAGGUCCUCUACAAUGUCACACUGUUUCACGUCAUUCGGAGCGACGGAUAGAUCACACGUAGGAAAUGGUAACAAAACACAGUAGAGAUGGAGAGAAUUGAUUGUUGACAGGUGCAGUAUCACACACACACACACACACACACACACACACACACACACACACACACACAUAAUGGCUAUGAGUGUCAAUUGGAAAUAGUCUACCAUCUGUGUUUGGAACUGUAUGAUUUCCUGGCAGAGAAGGCGUAUAACUAGACACGAUACAUGGUUGUUGAACACCGGUCUAAAGGUCACAGACAAGAGUAUUUAUCAAGGUGAAGCCAAGAAAAUUAACUGCUUCUGCUACAGAGCCGCUGAUAGACAGAAGGAAGUCAGACAGUUGGAGCUCAUCCAUAUUCUGUUGCAUUUCAUUUCACUUGUGUCUCAAGAUUUGAUUUUGCAAGUUGAGGUCAAAUUGUUGAAGAAAAAAAACUCCCCGAAACUUUGCUCGUGAACUACAUCUCAACAAGGUUUAAACCUCGAGCUAGGACGACGGCCCACCGGAUGGAGAUGUUCUGGGUUUGUGAUGUGAUUGUGGACGUGUUCAGUCAGCAUGGUUGUUCAUUCAAUAAACCUUACUGUCAAACAACA